AUGGGAUUGUCAGCUUUGCAGAGAGUUUCUUCACUUGUUUUCCUGCUCUUGUUUGUUGUUAUGUCUCAUUCUUCACCUGAUGUUGCUUCUAAUUCUACUCAAGAAGCACUAGCUCUUCUCAAAUGGAAAUCCAGCCUUCAAAACCAGAGCCAUUCUCUUCUGUCAUCAUGGACUCUUUCUUCUGUCAAUCCCACAAAUACUUCUACCCACCUCGAAACCAAGAUAAGUCCAUGUACUUGGUUUGGAAUCUCUUGCAAUCGUGCUGGAAGUAUCACAAGUAUUAACUUGACUAGUGCAAGUCUAAAAGGCACACUUCAUGAACUUUCUUUCUCAUUAUUUCCCAAUCUUGCACACCUUGAUCUAAGUGGGAAUAAACUCUUUGGUGUCAUCCCUCCUCAAAUCAGUCACCUAAAAAAUAUAGAGGUCUUUUACCUCUCUUCAAAUAAGUUAUAUGGCUCUAUUCCUAAAGAAAUAGGCAACUUGAACUCCCUAACAGAUUUAGCUUUGGAAGAAAAUCAAUUGAGUGGCUUUAUUCCUCAUACCAUUGGAAACCUGACUAACUUAAAACUUUUAUACCUCCACACCAAUAACCUUUCUGGUGUCAUUCCUGAGGAGAUAGGCAACUUGAAGUUCAUUUCAGAUCUAGAGUUGAGUACAAAUCAAUUGAGUGGUCCUAUUCCUCGCUCCAUUGGAAACUUGAGCAAUUUGAAAGUUUUGUACCUUUAUAGCAACAACCUCUUUGGCACCAUUCCUGAGGAGAUAGGUAAGUUAAAGUUCAUUUUGGAUUUAGAGUUGGGUGAAAAUGAACUAAGUGGUUCUAUUCCUCGCUCCAUUGGAAACUUGAGUAGUUUGAAAGUUUUAUACCUUAAUAGCAACAACCUCUCUGGCAUCAUUCCUGAGGCAAUAUGCAACUUAAAGUUCAUUUCAGAUUUAGCGUUGUCUACAAAUCAACUGAGUGGUCCUAUUCCUCAUUCCAUUGGAAACCUGAGCAAUUUGAAAGCUUUACACCUCCACAUCAAUAACCUUUUUGGUGUCAUUCCUAAGGAGAUAGGCAACUUGCAGUUUAUUUCCAAUCUAGAUUUGAGUACAAACCAAUUGAGUGGUCCUAUUCCUCACCCCAUUGUAAACCUGAGCAAUUUGGAAUUUUUAUACCUCCAUACCAAUAACCUUUCUGGAAUCAUUCUAUAUGAAGUUGGAAAUCUCUUGAAGUUGGUUAAACUAGAGUUGGCUUAUAAUCACUUUACUGGUUAUCUUCCUCGUAAUAUUUGUCGAAGUGGAUCACUUAUCCACUUUUCUGUUGGUGAGAACAAUUUUCUUGGUCGUAUCCCCCAAGAUUUGAGAGAUUGCAAAAGCUUAAUUAGAGUCCGCCUCCAAAACAACCAAUUUAUUGGAAACAUUUCUGAAGAUUUUGGUGUCUAUCCAAAUCUUACUUUCAUAGAUCUUAGUCACAACAAAUUUUAUGGUGAAAUCUCGUCUUCUUGGGGAAGGUGCUCUCAGUUAGGUACUUUAAAUGUCUCUGGAAACAAUAUUACUGGGACCAUUGUGUCACAAAUUCAAAAUUUCGUCAAACUACAUGAACUUGACCUUUCUUCAAAUCAUUUAAUUGGAGAGAUUCCAAUGGAACUUAGAAAGCUGACUUCUCUUAACAAGCUUGUUUUAACAGGGAAUCAACUCUCUGGAGGUAUACCUAGUGAAGUUGGCCUACUCACAGAACUUGAGUACCUUGACUUGUCCAUAAAUAGAUUAGGCAAGUCAAUCCCAGGAGAAUUAGGGAACCUGUCAAGAUUGCACUACUUGAAUUUGAGAAAUAAUCAGUUUAGUCUUGAAAUUCCAUUUCAAUUGGGUGAUUUGAUUCAACUCUCAGAACUAGAUUUGAGUCACAAUUCACUCGACGGAGAGAUACCGUCUCAGAUUUGUAAAAUGGAGAGUUUAGAAUAUCUAAAUCUUUCCUACAAUAACCUUUCUGGUUUCAUCCCAAGUUGUUUUGAAGAUAUGCAUGGAUUGUCACGUAUUGACAUAUCUUAUAAUAGGUUACAUGGUCCAAUUCCCAACAACAAAGCUUUUCGAAAUGCUCCAAUUGAAGCAUUACAAGGGAAUAAAGGAUUGUGUGGCAAUGUAAGUGGAUUUACACCUUGCAAUAACACUUUCACUUCACAAAAGCACGUCUUAGGAAAGAGGUUGGUAAUUUCCUUUGUUGCUUUGGGAGCACUUGCUCUUCUAAUUGUUGUGACAAUAAUGUUCUUUUGUUUUCGAGGAAAUAAACAAGAGUUACCGAAAGAACAUAGAAGGGUGAAUAAGGAUAAAUUUCUUUCGGUAUUAAAUUUUGAUGGAAAAACAAUGUUUGAAGAAAUUGUAAGUGCAACAGAGAAUUUUGAUGCCAAGUAUUGCAUCGGGAGUGGUGGGUCUGGUAGUGUUUACAGAGCACAAGUUCUAUCAGGGGUUAUUUUUGCAGUAAAGAAAUUUCACUCAUUUCAUCUUGACGAGGUAAAUGAACAAAAAGAGUUUUUAAAUGAAAUAAGGUCAUUAUCAGAGAUACGACACCGAAAUAUUGUGAAAUUUUUUGGUUUUUGUAUACAUUCUCAACACUUUCUUUCAAUUUAUGAGUAUCUUGAAAAAGGUAGCUUGGCUACAUUCUUGAAUAAUGAAGCUACAGCAAGAGAAUUGGAUUGGGGUAAAAGAGUAAAUAUCUUAAAAGGUGUGGCUGAAGCCUUGUCUUACCUGCACCAUGGUUGCUCCCAACCAGUAGUCCAUCGAGACAUAUCAAGCAAAAAUGUGUUGUUGGAUUCAAAAUAUAAAGCUCAUGUUUCAGACUUUGGAAUUGCAAAAUUUCUCAAGCCAGACUCAUCUAAUUGGACACAACUUGCAGGCACAUAUGGGUAUAUUGCACCAGAAUUGGCUUACACAACAACGAUAACUGAGAAAUGCGAUGUAUAUAGCUUUGGAGUGUUAGCAUUAGAAGUGAUAAAAGGAAAUCAUCCUGGUGAUAUCAUUCCUUCUCUAUCCUCUUCUUUCACUUGGGAGAACAUGUUGUUGAACAAUAUUUUGGAUCCACGUCUUCCACUUCCUUCGCCUAUUGUUCAAGAUCAACUAAUGGUAGUCAUAAAGCUAGCAAUUGAUUGCUUGGGUACCAAUCCAAAGUACAGGCCAACCAUGGACAUGGUUUCUCAUAUGUUUUGA